CCACGCUAGAGCACCCCACGGUGGAUGGUGGAGAACGAUCCUAUGAGGGUGAAUUGUAGAUGUAUUUGAGGGGAUUCUUAAACGAGUUCGUGACGCGAACAAAUAAUAGAUGCGGCAGGAAGCACGGAACAUGUGGUACGGAAAGAGAUAAGACAGGGCAGUAGAUACAUGUAUAGCAAUAGAUGUAUCGUCGUUACGAAGUAACUCUCUUAAAUAUAAGAAAAAAGCUGCGACACCCUGUUUGUAUCAGUCAUGUAUAUGUCACUGGUCAUUCUAGUGGUCACAGUUUUCACAGUUUCUGGACAGUCCAUUACCUUAACAGGGACAAGUACUUUGCAAACACCAGCAUCAGAACUGAAAAUUACUUGUCAACCAAGCCCAGUUGGUAUAAACGAUGUCAAUAGUAUUAGGAUAAGGAAAAAUACCAGCACUACAGAUUAUACAACAAUAGUGUCUGUUACCUAUGAUAAACCCUCGGCAUUAUCAUUAUUAUCGUGGGGUACAACAGGUCAUCAGAACAGGCAAGGGGUGACAGUGACGGGAAAUGUGGACUCUGUGUCUGGUGCUCAGCUCGUAUUAACUAUAGCAGCUAAUUGGACGACAUGUAACGAUGGUGGAGCCUAUCAAUGUAUAAUGGGAGUCACUCUGACAGGUGGUAGUGGUGGGGUCACUACUGAUGAUAAAUAUGUCACUGCUAAAGAAAGUCCCACCUAUACCAACUCUCUGUCUGUGACACCAUUACCCAAUGUGAACAGUAAUUACUAUUCUGUUGGAACUAUGAUGACAUUCUCCUGUACCGGAACGGUUGGCACUGACAAACAGAGACACACCUGGUGUUACAAGCGAGCCAGUGACAGCUCAUAUACGGGUUACCCGACCGCAUCACAUAUAAAUCAGAAUGAUGAUGGUUUGAUCAAGGAGAACUGUAAUUACAAGCGUACCAGUACACUUACCUACAACGUCACUUCUGCCGAUUCCAAUACCACGUUUAUGUGUGAACCGUACACUGGAACUGUGUGUGGCUCUAAUCCAGCGCAGCUGAAGUCUUAUUAUUCGAUCAGAAAUUAUAUUUCUUCAUCAACGACAACUGUAUAUUUUCAAAACACAGAUAACGUCGGAUCUUGGAUUGUCGCCGGUAUUUCCAUUGCUGUUAACGCAUCUCUCGUCGUUUGUGUUGUUUGUCUCUGGCUGAAAGUACGAAAAUACAAAGAGCUUUUACACCAACAAGUGGACUACGAGGUGGUCAAUAAGGGAUCUCAAAACGGAAAUGAACAUGUGUAUAAUAUUCCUGAACAUUACGAAAUACCAAGCAUAUAGACAGAGGUCCUAGUGUAGGAUACCUGUUUUAUAACACCCUAGCUGUAUGUAUCGAUGUGGUACCAUUAACGUUUCUAGUUUUCAUAACGGAAGUUUUAGUUCAAUCGAGGAAUCAGAUUAAGCAUAUAUUGUCUGAUCGAUUACUAAGAACAAAACAUUUUAGCAAAAAUAUCGAGGAAACUUUGAAAACAUUAAGAAAGGAAUGCAUCAUGUUGUCCUUCUGGUACUCGUCAGUGAAACUUGGGGCCAAAUGUUAGUGUUUAAUUGUGGGAAAACACUACAAUUUGAUGACAUCUAUGCCAAGUUAUUGAUGGAGGACGAUGAUAUAAGGUGUUUCGGACAGCUUUCUAAUUCAUCGGCGACAUACACAAUGUAAACCUUCGGCAAUCAUUGACUACCAAGUAGUCGUGAAAAUGGUGAAAUUUUGAAACGGUUAUAGAACAUAACCUGAGACAUGUAAACAUCGACAUACUUAAAAGUUAGAUAAGGAUUGUGUCCAUGUACUGGUUUGUAGAGCGAGGGAGCAGUAACAAAGGACGCCCCGAGGAAUCUAGACGCUUAAAACAUUUAAGGGUAUCGAAUUAUUCAUGCUAAUGUUAAUUGAUCAUGUAAUAUACAACUGUAUAAUUAAACGCGUGUAUGUUUUCGGAUUA